UUAUCAAGGCCCAGUGUAUUUUGGUCCACGCAGGGACUGCCUUUGACAAGGCCGUUUGAUUACACUUUUGUCCUCUCUCCCGCCGUCGCAGUGGGCGGGGUGAAAGAAUGCGGUAUUUUUAUGAAUGAAAUUACGACAGAGGCUGGUGUCCCUGAUAGUCUCCUGAUUGGUCGACCGGGGCAGAAUCGCCCCUCAUCAUCGUAACUGACGUCAGAGGGGAAUCGGUGAGGGUAUAGCUCACAGCCCACUGGAGCUGAGUGUUACUUAGAAGCGAGCGAAAGACCGCAUACAACGGAGCUACAAAGGAACCUCGCUUUGCAGGAAGAACCAGAUAUCGUUUUCUCAAGAACUGGAUUUGCCCCGGUUCUUCACCGGCAGCUUGAGCUCAGAUUUCAGCGCGCGCACCAAGAGACCUUCAGCUGGAUGGUGGUGUGAAUAAUUGUCCUUUGCCAUCUUCUACAGCUUCCUAAUGGCCCUGAAUAACUCUGAAGUGGGCUUAGAAGUCAUCAUGGCGGUGGACCAACUGUUGGAUCUCACCCCUAAACCCCUGGAGGCCACAGUGAUGACUCCAUGGGACGUGGCCAUGUGCAUAUCAGGAGUCCUGAUUUGCUGUGAAAAUGCAAUCGUUGUGGCCACCAUCUUCUCCUCGUCAUCUCUGCGGGCUCCUAUGUUCCUGCUAAUUGCCAGCCUGGCCUGGGCGGACUUCCUGGCAGGGGUGGGGCUCCUUUUGCACUUCCUGUCUCGCCGGUGUGUGUACUCAGAAGCUCUAGAGCUGGGGAGCGUGGGUCUGUUAGUCAGCGCGCUCAGUGCGUCUGUGUUCUCCCUGUUGGGAAUUUCCCUGGACCGUUUCCUCUCACUACAUCAUGCUCUGACUUACGGAUCCGGUCGCACGCACAUGCAAACAAGCUGCGCUCUGGCCGUUGGCUGGACUCUUGCGGGUCUUCAAGGUGCCCUGCCUGCCAUGGGCUGGAAUUGCUUGCACGAUGGAGAAUCCUGCAGCGUUCUUCGCCCUUUGACCCGAGUGCACCUGGCGACCCUGUGCAUUGGCUUCCUGCUGACCUUGGCUCUGAUGCUGCAGCUCAACGCCCGUAUCUGCCGGGUUGUACUACGCCACUCACACCAAAUCGCCCUCCAGAGACACACACUCCCAUCUGCGCGCACGUACACCCGCCGUCGGGUUCACACACUCGCCCUCAUCCUCGCCACAUUCGCUAGCUGCUGGAUGCCCUUUGCCUUGUAUGGUCUCUUGGCCGACGGAUCGUCCCCAGCUCUGUAUACUUAUGCCACAUUGGUUCCGGUCACAGGAAACUCUAUGCUGAACCCACUGAUCUAUGCCUACAGAAACACACACAUACAGAGAGUGCUGCGUCAGGCCUGCUGCUGUUGUCUACCAAACACACCCAACAAAAACACACACACUCCCAGUGAUGUCUAACAUCAUGUGCUGUAAGCACAUCUGAACACUUCAGAAGAUUCUAUGGUGCCAUUCAAGAUUCUGUUUUACAUUUUAUGUCGGUUCCUGUUUUGGAAUAUCAAUGUGCAAGUUGCUCAAUCUCCCGUCUCAACAUGUUAACAUGACCACUGUCAGUGACCUGAUCUCAUCUGCUUCAUUUUAUUAAUUAAAUGGUAAAAAGGGUUUAUAUAACUGUGUGUGCCCUUUUUUAUUUUAUACUGAGCAGACUGCCACUGUAUUCUUUUAGCUAGUUGCCAACUAAAAGGGUUCAUGCAGAAACCCUCCUGUCUGCUUUAAUGUCUCAGAUUUGUGCCUCAUUUUACAUCCUCUGAAGUUCAGAGUUUACUGAUGGAAUCAAAAUCAUUUGCACUUUACAACAAUGACUUGACUUUUAAACUGAAACUCGGUUGAAUAUUUUUUUGUAUUAAAUGAUCAAAUUAUUUGCCAUUUGUUAUUUUCACGUUUUUUUAUACUUAAUAAAUGUCUUGUUUGCACUUACAAUGUAUUAAUGUUGCACAAAAUGUCCAAAUGUAUGAAUGAAUGUUAUGUUGUUGAAAUGACAUGUUUUAUGGAAAAUGUUUAUAAUGAAUAAAUUGUA